AUGGAGGAAUUGUCACCGUUGCCUGCCAUCGACCCGGAUUUUGAGCCGCAGAGCCGGCCCCGCUCGUGCACGUGGCCACUGCCCCGGCCGGACAUCUCGGCCGUGAAGCAGGAACCCCCCGACGGCGGCGAGUCGGCCGCGGGGACCCCGCCUGCUGAAGAUGACGGCAAGCAGAGGCAGCACGCGGCGGCCGAGCCGGAGAAGGCGCCAGGGGCGGGGCUGUCGGGGACUGACCCCGGGGCCUCUGGUGGGGUGACACCCCGCAAGGGCUCGUCUAGGCGGAACGCUUGGGGCAACCAGAGCUACGCCGACCUCAUCAGUCAGGCCAUUGAGAACUCUCCCGAAAAGAGGCUGACACUGGCGCAAAUCUACGAGUGGAUGGUCAAAACCGUGCCCUACUUCCGGGAUAAGGGGGACAGCAACAGCUCGGCCGGAUGGAAGAACUCCAUCCGUCACAAUUUGUCCCUGCACAACAAGUUCCUGCGGGUCCACAACGAGUCGACGGGCAAGAGCUCGUGGUGGAUGCUCAAUCCCGAAGGCGGCAAAACAGGCAAGGCCCCCCGCCGCCGCGCCGCCUCCAUGGACAACGGCGGCAAGCUGCUCAAGAGCCGAGUGCGGGCAAAGCAGACCAAGAAGCAGGCGGAGGGUGCGGCGGGGGCGGCGGCCGGCGCCGACAGCCCUAACUCGUCCCAGCAGUUCCCGAAGUGGGGGGUAAGCGGCGGCAGCCCUUCCCCACGGGGCGUGCUGGACGACGGCGACAUGUGGACGUCCUUCCGCCCGCGCACCAGCUCCAACGCCAGCACCCUGAGCGGGCGUCUGUCCCCCAUCGCUCCCGGGCAGGAGGACGACGAGAGCCUGGCUGAUGACGGGCUGCUGGGCCGCUACACCACCAGUUCUUUGACGCCCACCCUCGCUGAGAGCCUGAUGGAGGAACUGGACCUGAUCGAUGGGCUGACGCUAAUGAGCGGGCGGCGAGGCGGCGCCAGCCCCAGCACGGCUCCGCCGGCGCCUCCCACCCCGUUGCCGUCGGCCUCCACCCUGCUGCCACGCGCGUCCUCGACCUUCUCGCCCCCGGACGCCGGCCCCGCCUUCGGGAACUCCCUCUUCGGAUCGGCCCCUUACGGUGCCCGCGCGCCCUCCAGCCUGGAGGCGCUGCUCACCUCCGACUCUCCUCCGCCCACCGAGGUCCUGAUGUCGGCCGGCCUGGGCGUCGGCCCCAAAGCGCCGCAGCUGCUGCUGGCGCCAAAGGGUCCGGAGGUGACGCCGCCGGGCCCCCGGAGCCUUCAACCGCCCAUGCAGCAGCACUUGCACCAGCACCACUCCCCGCUGGGCCUGGGCAUGAUCCUAUCCGGCGCGGGGCCGCAACACGCCGCCCCGCUUCCGGCAGCCAACCCCUUCGGGGCACCGCACUGCUUCCACGCGGUGCCCGAGCGGCUGCCCACCGACCUGGACGUGGACAUGUUUACCGAGAACCUGGACUGCGACGUGGACUACAUCAUCAACAGCGACCUCAUGGACGGCGACGCCAUUGACUUUAACUUCGACCCCGUCCUGCCCGCCGGACAGUCGUACGCCGGACCGGCCACCACCCAAGGCUCCGCCCACAACUGGGUACCCAGCUAA